AUUCAUUCACAUAUUUUUAUCAGUAAAAAAUUAGCGGUGGACGUGUACGGUGCGGUUUUUGAAAUGACACAAUAAUAAAAUUGUACGUGCCAUAUUCAAAAGUGAAUUGGUUGAAUAUAGUUGUUUUUAGUUAUUUACUUACAUGAAUAUCUGCACAGCAUUGCUGUAAUACUUAUUAAAACCAGUGAUUUACAAUUCGUAUGUAUAUCGACAGGUUUUAAGAAGAUAUUACAUAUUGUGUGGGUAUAAAACAAAUAAUAAGUAGGUAGUGCACAUUUUCAAUUAGCUGUGUAACCGUGUCGGAGUGUAGUUGUGUGCCGGUGCAGUGCACAGGUCAUGCGUGUGCUCGUCUCGUAAGGUUACAAAACCAUACCGGCUGUCUAAGACCGCUACGGUAAUUCCUCAAUCAUGGAGGCAUUAGAUAAAAAAAGUCGUCCAGCACACCCUAGGGCUAAGGCAAACCCAUUGUCUGCCCUAACAUUCGCAUGGACAUUACCAAUUUUUUGGAGUGGUAUCAAAAGGGAGAUGGAAGAACAUGACUUGUAUGAACCUUUAGCAGAACACUCAUCUGGACCUCUUGGAGAUAAAUUUGCGCGACUAUGGGAAGAAGAAGUACAACGAGCCAGCGGGAAACGGAAACCCAGUCUGUUACGUGUUAUAUUAAGAGCAUACGCCGCCAGGUGUAUGCUGUACGGAUUCGUUCUACUCGUCAUGGAAUGUGGAAUAAGGAUUGCACAGCCAGUGUUCCUGGGCAAGUUGGUGGAGUUCUACAGUCCUGGACACUCGAUGAAGCCGAAGGAAGCGUACAUGUAUGCGGCCGCGGUGGUGGCGUGCUCAGCGCUCAACGUGUUCGUCGUGCAUCCCUACAUGAUGGCCAUAUUGCAUAUGGGCAUGAAGUUCCGUGUCGCCUGCUGCUCACUUAUAUACAGAAAGUCACUACGGCUAUCAAAGACGGCGCUUGGUGAGACGACAGUGGGCCAAGUAGUGAACCUCCUUUCAAACGAUGUGAACAGAUUCGACGUGGCCAUCAUCUUCUUACAUUAUCUGUGGAUUGGACCGCUAGCUACUGUCAUUAUCACUUACUUUAUGUGGGUGGAAAUCAGCUGGGCAGCGGUGGUCGGCGUUGGAUUCAUGUUGGCAUUCAUACCUUUACAAGCAUAUUUGGGGAAACGCACGUCAGUACUGCGACUGAAAACUGCGCUCCGGACGGACGAGCGCGUGCGGCUCAUGAACGAAAUAUUAUCCGGUAUUCAGGUCAUCAAAAUGUACACUUGGGAAAAGCCAUUUGCUGACCUUGUCGCCAAGGCUAGGAAACGAGAAAUAAAGCAGAUCCGCGCGACGUCAUACAUCCGUGGAGUGCUGACUUCGUUCAUAAUGUUCACGACACGCAUCUGUCUGUUCUGUUCCAUCCUCGCGUACGUUCUGGCCUACAAUGUGAUCAGUGCGAAGCAGGUCUUCGUCGUCACCAGUUUCUACAACAUACUAAGACAGACUAUGACCGUGUUCUUUCCACAAGGUAUUGCACAAGUAGCAGAAGCAACGAUAUCAAUAAAGCGGCUUCAGAACUUCAUGCUAUACGAAGACACGAGCAAACCGGUCCCUGGUUUAGCAGAGAUACAAACAUCUACUAAACCUAAGGAACGUCGCAAGGCUGAAGCUGAAGACAAAGUGAAGGCACAGUAUACUGAGACCAAACAGGCCACGGAAAGUUCGGAACCUACGAAAGAAGAGGAGGCUAAGGGCAAUGGUAAUGCGACACUGGCUCCCAUAGAGGCAGGCUCGGAGGACGAGCACGAGCUGGGCGCGCGCGUGGAGGCCGACGCGCGCGGCGUGCGCCUCAAGCACGCCACCGCCAAGUGGAUCGACACUCACCCCGAGAAUACACUCACUGACCUCUCACUCACUAUCAAACCUGGCAAAAUAAUUGCGGUGAUCGGUCCAGUAGGCGCUGGGAAGUCAUCCUUGCUACAUGUGUUACUACGCGAGCUUCCUUUAUUGUCCGGCACGGUACAUGUCGGUGGUGACGUCUCCUACGCCAGCCAGGAACCAUGGCUAUUUGCAGGCAGCGUACGUCAGAACAUUUUGUUUGGACAACCGAUGGACCGUCCUCGCUACAACACAGUAGUGCGGCGCUGCGCCCUCGAUCGAGACUUCGCCCUCUUCCCACACGGAGACAAGACCAUCGUCGGUGAGAGGGGCGUUAGUCUCAGUGGAGGACAACGUGCCCGCAUAUCCCUGGCCCGUGCAGUGUACAAGCGAGCAGAUAUCUACCUACUGGACGACCCACUAUCAGCAGUGGACGCCCACGUGGGCCGACACUUGUUCGAGUCCUGUCUCAUUGGAUACCUUCGCAACACCACCAGGAUACUCGUCACACAUCAACUGCAGUUCCUCAGAGACGUCGAUCAGAUAAUAAUCCUCAAAAACGGUACGAUAGCGGCGGCGGGUAAUUUCGAUACAUUAAGUGCUUCGGGUUUGGACUUCGCAACAUUAUUAGCUCGCGACCAGGAGGAGGAGAAACCGACGCCGGACCCGAACGCGGCCGAAACUGACGCGGAGUCUGUGUUACAAGGCAGCUUCCGUAAGCGACAGAUGAGCAUACAUUCGGUGAGUUCAGUAGACAAUCUGACGGCGACGGCGCCGCCGGCGGGCGAGGCGGAGACGCGCAGUGCGGGCGCGGUGGGCGGGCGCGUGUACGCCGCCUACCUGCGCGCCGCCGGGAACGGAGCGCUCGUACUACUCAUGUUGAUGGUGGCCACGCUCGCUCAGCUACUCGGCUCGGCCUCCGACUGGUGGACUAGUUACUGGGUGAAUCUCGAAGAGUCACACCCGGUGCAGAAUAUGGCAAGUGUACAGGAAACGAACUUGAACUCUACAAUGGCACUACGCUCGGUGAACAACUUCACUGAAAGUCUCGUGCAGAACGCGUAUUACGAUUCUGCGGGUCUCAGUCGAUACGAUUGUAUCUAUAUUUAUACUGGCAUGGUGAUAGCCCUAGUGGUGGUAUCACUGCUCCGUUCGUUCAUGUUCUUCUCGAUGGCGAUGCGGGCGUCGACCCGGCUGCACAACAACAUGUUCUCGUCCAUCACACGCGCCCCGAUGCGGUUCUUCCACGUCAACCCCUCCGGUCGGAUCCUCAACCGGUUCUCCAAGGACAUGGGAGCCGUUGAUGAAGUCCUACCGUCUGCGCUGUUAGAUGUUUUGCAGAUCGGUCUCUCUCUAAUCGGUAUCGUAGUGGUGGUGGCCAUAGUGAACUACUGGCUGUUGGUGCCGACGGUGGCCAUCGGGUUCGUGUUCUACGGGCUGAGGAUAUUCUACCUCUCCUCCUCGCGCAGCAUCAAGCGCCUCGAGGGUGUGACUCGCAGUCCGGUAUUCUCUCACCUCAACGCGUCGCUACAAGGUAUCACUACUAUCCGCGCUUUCGGGGCUCAGGAAGCACUCAUACGCGAGUUUGACAACCAUCAGGAUCUACACAGCUCGGCUUGGUACCUGUUCAUUGCUAGCUCCAGAGCUUUCGGUUUCUGGUUGGACCUCGUGUGUGUGGUCUACAUAGCUAUGGUCACGCUCAGUUUCCUUGUUUUUGGACAAGACGAGUACGGUGGUAACGUGGGUCUAGCCAUCACGCAAGCUAUGGGUCUGACGGGAAUGUUCCAGUGGGGCAUGCGACAGUCCACCGAGCUGGAGAAUCAAAUGACCAGUGUGGAAAGAAUACAAGAAUAUUCGAACAUCGAAUCGGAACCUCCCCUCCAAUCAGAGCCGGAUAAGAAACCACCGCCAUCUUGGCCGGAGGCGGGGCGCAUAGAGUUCAAACAUGUGUUCCUAUACUACGCGCCGUCGGAGCCGGCCGUACUUAAUGAUCUCAGCUUCGUAGUGCAGCCCAAGGAGAAAGUCGGCAUCGUCGGACGUACUGGUGCAGGAAAAUCUUCACUUAUAAAUGCACUCUUUAGGUUAGCAACGAUAGAAGGCGAGAUAAUAAUCGAUGGUCGCGAGACGUCCCAGCUAGGUCUACACGAGCUCCGCAGUCAACUGUCCAUCAUACCGCAGGAGCCCGUACUGUUCUCCGGCACCAUGCGACACAACCUCGACCCAUUCGAUGAAUACCCCGACCAAGUACUAUGGAGGGCACUCGAAGAGGUUGAGUUAAAGGAAGCGGUGACGGAGCUGCCGGCGGGCCUGUCGUCGCGUAUGUCGGAGGGCGGCGGGAACUUCUCGGUCGGCCAGCGACAGCUCGUGUGUCUGGCGCGCGCCAUCGUGCGCAGGAACAGGCUGCUCGUGCUGGACGAGGCCACCGCCAACGUAGACCCACAGACUGACGCGCUCAUACAGUCUACAAUAAGAAGUAAAUUCGCGGAAUGCACCGUGCUCACCAUCGCCCAUCGACUACACACCGUCAUGGAUUCCGACAAGGUGUUAGUGAUGGACGCGGGUCGUAUGGUGGAGUUCGAUCACCCGCACAUGUUGCUACAGAACGCGGACGGUAUCCUGCGCGGCAUGGUCGACCAGACCGGCCGCGGCAUGGCUGAAACACUCAGUAGAGUCGCCAAACAGGCGUACGAGUCUAAAAUGGGGCAGCUACCGGCGAGUACAUCAGAUUGAUAAUGUUAAUCGUUAAUCCUAGGCUAUGAAUUAAUUGUUCCUACAAUCGAGAUAUUGUACAAAGGAUCUGGUGAUGUUGUGCGUGGUGGGCGCAUGCGAUGUAACAUCACGGUUAUUUCCCAUUAAGUGAAAUGAUUACUUUUAAUUUGUAAAAUAUUGUAGUCCAACACUUCCACGGCUAAUGCGCGGCGCGGCCACGCAGCAUAACUGCACCGGCUCGCGCGAAUAUACACAAAUAUUUCACGGUAUUAUGAGUUGUAACUGCACUCGACUUUUUAUAACGGUAUUUCUCAACGAGUUAUUAAUGAAGAAUGGUUCCGAGUAUGAAUAUUUGCAGUAAUUAGUAACGUGAAACGUUUUUUUACGACAUGUACUUAAGGCCCCUCACGAAUUAUGCCGUAAUUGCAGCGGUUAGUGUGCGGAGCUAUUACAAAUUGCAAGUUAAUUGUAACAUAACUCGAUAGCACUUGGAUUAAAAUGUUUUACAAUAAAGUUGUUUUUAGUGGAGAGCUAUUUAGGAUUGGAAGUGUUGAACUAACUGAGCGUCACAAACUGUAUUAGGUAUUUUUAUGAAGUGAAAUAUUUUUAAGGGUAUGUUUUAAUUUUAUGUGACUACUUAGUUUACUAAUAUGUUUUUAUAAACGACAAGUGAGAUUUACAAGUUUACUUUAGAUUGUAACAAAUUGCAUACAGGUGUGUUCGGGUCACUGAACUAUUUGUGAACAUGUUUGCAUACAAUGCCAAAUGUAAUCUCGAAUACCAUUAUACAUAGAUAGAUAAUUUAACAAAUUAACGGUCCAAUAACGUUUCGAGCUUUAACAAUGAGGUGCGAGGUGCUGUAUAUGCGAUCUUGUACUUAAUGUAAGUGUUAGGGACUGAUGACGUCACACGUGGCGAGCUCUGUACUUACUUCGAAAUCAACCUUGUGAACUUAUAUACUUAAGGUACUUAAAGUAUCGACACAUUAGUGCUUAAUUUUGAGAACUUUUAUUGUAAAUCACGUAGGUUUUAUUUUAUUAUUUUGAACGUUAUUAUCCUUAAUUUGAAUGUGAUGAAUUAGUGAAACGUAAAGUACGCCAUUAAACGUGUUAUGUAAGUAAAGUAAGAACUUGUUAAUAUUGUUGGUUUAUUGCAACAUAAAUAAAACAGUUUUUACGUAUCAA